CUGCUGGUCUCUUGCUCGGCCGGAUCGGCUGCUGCGCGGCAGAGGCUGCUGCUGGUGGCGGUGCUGCUGCGAUGGGGCUGCAAGGCGUCAAGGCGGUUUUCUUCGACUUGGACAACACGCUGAUCGACACCGCCGCGGCAGGCAGGAGAGCCAUUGAGGAGGUAAAAACUGUCUUACAGUCAGAGCAUCAUUGUGAUGAAAAAGAAGCACGCAUGAUUUGUGAAAAAGUUCAAGCCAAGCUCCUCAAAGAAUGCCAUGAUCCUUCUAAGAUGUGUAUUACUGACUUAAGGAUUCAGCACUGGGAGGAAGCUAUACAAGAAAUAAAAGGAGGAACAGCCAAUCGGAAUCUGGCUACAGAAUGUUAUUUCCUUUGGAAAACUACCCGUCUGCAACAUUUGACCUUGGCAGAGGAGACACAAAGGAUGCUCAGUGACCUUAGAAAGUUUGUCCGUUUGCUUCUGCUAACUAAUGGAGACACACAGACACAGAGAGAGAAGAUUGAAGCCUGUGCUUGCCAGCCAUAUUUUGAUGCUAUUGUUGUAGGAGGAGAACAAAAAGAAGAAAAACCAGCUUCUUCCAUAUUUCAUUAUUGUUGUGAACUUCUAGGUGUUCAGCCUGAAGACUGUGUGAUGGUUGGUGACUCUCUAGAUACAGACAUUCAAGGAGGUCUGAAUGCUGGCUUGAAAGCAACCAUUUGGAUAAAUAAAACCAUAGCUGCUCCAAAAGACACUUCUCCAGUCCCUCAUUAUAUUAUUUCUUCUGUUCUUGAUCUUCCAGGACUUUUACAGAACAAAGGAGAUGCUAACUUAGAAAUGAACAAGGUGGCUGGUAUUUGUAAUGUGUGUGAUAGUCCCACUGAGGAAUCUAGGGCCUGAGCAUGCUAGGGUUCAUGUUGAAGCAUGUGGUUCCCAUGUUUACCUUGCAAGGGUAUUUCAGGGGAGGGCAUUUGCAGGCAAGAAUCAGUGGACAGGAUGUGCUUAACAUGUAUCCCCCUGUCAGUUCUCUUCAUGUUCUUUGUCUCUUAGCCAUUUUUCUUUAGCUACCUCUGAGACUAGAAAUAAAUCCAACUACAGGGAAACCAGCUUGGAAGAAAAGUUUAUUUAUUAAAAAAAGGUUUAUUCCAUUUCACAGCCAAAAAAAGUCUCCUGUAGUAGCCUACAGUCAAUCGAAAAAAGAAGAUAUUCGCUACUUGCGCACAGGUUUACAAUGUAAAAUGACACAAGGAAGAAGGAAUGGGGAGUGAAGAGGGGAGAACUGUAUGACUCAGCAGCUGGUAGACUGGCCCUACUUCCUCUCUCAUCUCCCAUGGUGGGGGUGUUCCAGCUAGAGCAAGUACCAAAGUUAUGUGGAGAAUUGGUAGGCUGUAGAAAUUUAAGUACUGCCUUCCUACUCACUGAUUCUCACCUAUGGAGGUCCUCUAGCCCCAUUUUAGUGUUACCUGGAAAAAAUAUUUAUGAAAGUAAUGAAUUAUCUGCCUCAAGAAAGAAAAGAGUGAAUAUAGUUUGGAUUUCGUUGAAUUUUAAUAGCUUGUAAGUGGAGAAGUUCAAGCAAAGACAGUUGUUUGAAACUAUGAAAUUGAUGGAAAACUAUAGCAAGUUUCACAAUAAAAAGUGCCAUUCUGAAAUCACAUACAUGUCACAAUGUAGAACAAACUAUAUGAAGAAUCUGUGUUAGGGGUGUAGAGUUAACUCCUGAAAAAUAGCUAAUAAUGAUUAUUAAAAAUAUCUGGAUGUAUAGAAGCUUUUGUCUUCUAUAAUUUUCUACAUUUUUGUAAUGGUUGAUACUUGAGAAUUUUUAUGGGUUUUUGCGGUGUUCAGAACUCUGUAGAGAAAUAGAUAUGUGUAUGUGGGAGAGAGGGGUGAAUGUAUACAGACCCAUUUAUCAGAAAUGCCAAAAUGGAAUGCUUUAUGUGAGAUAUUAAUGUAUUGAUUUAAAUCUUAGCAGUCUAAUGAUAACUUCACUAUGGAAGAUAAUUUUAGCAUAAAUGCCUUUUUCAGCCUU